AUGAAAGAUUUAUUGGUUCAGUUGAAUGAUUUACCUGAUGAAAUUCUUAUGUAUAUAUUUAAAAAAUUGUACAAUGAUGAAGUACUUUAUUCUUUAAUGGAUGUUAAUCAACGAUUCAAUAGAAUUGUACAUGAUACCAUUUUUACUCGCGAUUUAUGUUUACUAGAAUAUUGUCCAGUCGACGAGUCUACUUUUCCAUUUCCAGAUCCAAUAAUUGAUCAAUUUUGUUCAAAAAUUUUACCUAAAAUAGGACAUCAAAUUAUAAUUCUUUUUCUUUCACGAACAUCAAUAGAACGUGUUCUUCAUGCUACAAAUUAUCCUAAUUUAAAUCAUCUUGGUUUAUGUGAUAUUAACAACAAAGUAGCUGAAUCUCUGUUUUUUGGAAUUUUCAAUACAUGUACUAAUUUACGAUGCUUAAAAAUCAAUCCAUCUUCAUCUUCUCUUGAUGCUUUACUUAUUUAUAUGACACCUAGGACUAUUUGUUCAACUUUAUUAGAAUUACAUAUCACUGUAAAAGAUAUGAAUGACUGUUUUUCUAUACUUGAUGGACGUUUUGAUCAACUUCGUAUACUUUAUGUUACUUGUUAUGGUACUUCGCGUAGAUUUUUGCAAACUGAUCAUGAGCAAAAACUAUUACCAAACUUACGGAUUUUUUCUUUAUGUUGCGAGGCGAAAAUAUAUAGUUAUGAUGAAUCAAUUGUGCCACUUCUACAUCGAAUGUUAAAUUUAGAAGAACUUGAUUUAAAUAUUACAGUUAAUUGUUAUGAAAAAUUUAUUGAUGGUGAUGCAUUGAAGAAAGAUAUUAUUUAUAUGUCACAAUUAUAUAAAUUCACAUUUAACAUAUAUUCAAUUAUUAAUCAUCGUAAUCAAAUGAAUUUUUCCUUAAAUGAACAUUUUAAAAAUACAUUUAAAAAUAAUUUCAAUAAUCAAAUAAUUACUUCUAUUGAUCAUUUUCAAGAAAGAAGAUAUAGUCAAUGUCAUAUUUAUUCAUAUCCAUAUAAAUGGAAAUUUUACAAUAAUCUAACAAAUAAUUUUCGAGGUGGAUUAUUUACUAGUGUUACUCAAGUAUCAUUAUAUGAUGAACAUCCAUUUGAAUAUGAAUUUUUUCUUCGAAUGCAAAUAUCAUUUCCAUUUAUGAAAGAAUUAACAAUAAAAAAUCAAAAAGCACAAAAAUAUAAACAAUUUAUAAAAUCAAAUAAUAAUAAUCAAAUAUUAUCAAUUAUUGAAUAUUUCAAUCUUACUCGACUUGAUCUUACUAAAACUCAUGAUGAUUAUCUCGAACUAUUUUUAUUUGAUACGAAUAUGUCUUUGCCAAAUAAUAUUCAUCUUUUGGUCGAUUAUGAAUCACUUGAACGAGUAACAUACUAUUUUACAAGAUAUAUAACACGAAAUAAUUGUAUAAAACUUGCUGCUCUAUAUUGUGAUCCAGUGAAUCAAAUCAAUGAACAUAUCAAAAACUAUUUUUCUUGUACAUGUAUACGUCAUAGUUAUGAAUAUUAUUUCAUAAGAGACAAAAGUUCACACACAUGUUUCUAUCGAUAUAUCUCUGCAACUACUUUUAAGUAGUUCUAUCAAAUAAAUAAUAGUCAUUUUAAAGAACGUUGAUUGUGUUAAAAAUAAAGAUUGUAAUUGAAAAUAAGAGAGAAUCAAUGAAGAAAUUUUUUACAUGCGUUUUUGGUUCUCAAAAAACAGUUCUUUUUAUUCCGAAUAAUCAGAACAAGAAAAAAAUUUCUUUAUUUUUUUGACAACAAAAUCUAACAGAGCAACUGUACAAUGAAAAUAAUCAUAUAUUUAUUCUACACAUAAUUUACAUUGACAAUUUUGUUUAAAAUUAUUAACUCGAUCUCCUUUUCUCUUUACAAUUUCUUUCAUUCUUAAAGGUACUCCUCCUCAGAAACUUGAUUUCGAGUUAGGCAUAAGGUAUGCUAGUCUCAAGUGGUAUGUGCAAUUAGACACAUCAUUCAACUCUAAACACCUUAGAGUUACUGAAUUAAAAAAAUUUUUUACUUCAUAGAGAUCGUAAGAAAUUGUUUUGCUUUUACUUGGCAUAGUGCAAAACUAGAAUUUUCUCAAUCGGAGCUGUUUAUGAAUCCCCUCUCCCCGCUCUAACUUUGUCCGAUUGGGCUGAAAGUUUUACCACAAAUUCUGGGAAGUAUUCUUCAGGAGUAAAAUCAGCCGUUUCUAUUUUGGACCUUCCUAUUCGAAUAUAUAGGGUUGUGGACACCAAGGUUCGGAUUUUGGAUCCGCAUCUGUCCGUAUUUCCCUCAUUAAAAAAAAAGAAAGCGAGAUUUCUAAAAAGGCUCAAAGUACAAUUUAUAGAGUAGAUCUAUCAUGUGGAUUAAAGAUAUUACUAACUCUAGUAUAAAUAGAAAAUAAUUUAUAAAUACUAUGCAUCAUAAAACGUAUAAUUCACUACUGUUAUUAUUUUUCAGUUUCUAUUCAUGAAUGCUAUUUUGAAUAAUAAAUAACUCAUGAAUCAAUAAUACAAUAAAAUUACUAAUUCAAUAUUCUAUUGCAGUUUACAUAUGAGCUAGAGUUUAUACUCUAAAAGUACCAGCGAUAAAAAGAUCAUUUGCAAUUGGCUAUUUGUUUUUAAAUACUAAUUUUGCAUUUUAUUCAAUUAUUCUUUUUCUUAUUACUAACAUUAAUAACAAAAAACUUUGUUAAAUGUUACUCUUAUAUAUUUUUAUAUGAAAAAUUCAAUGUUCUUUCUUCAUACACAUUACUAAUAUCAUCCAUGUGAUUUAGAUUUAAAAAAAACAAAUUUAUCCUCAUAUCCACAAAUUUAUUUAUAGCUUCUGCCAUAUCAUUAGGGAGGCUCGGCCUCCUUAGUAAAUCCAAUUUUUUCAAGACAAGUGUAAAUUGAACUUUUUUCAUAUGAAGAUGCAUCCAAGUCUCUUCUUUCGGAAUAUCUAUAGUUUAUCACAGAAUAAAUUGAUUCCAAUGAACUUAUUGUCUAAAGCUUGGCUCCUAUUAUUAUAUUUUUCGAGAAAUUUUCAUGAUAUGUUUCAGCUGCUUUAUACGUGCACAAGUAUUUUGUUAAUUUUUUUUGAAAUAUUAAUUACUAUGAGACUAUUAAUACUUGAUAUUAAAAGCACAUAUAAUUCAGGUGUGAUUUACAAAGAUUGCUUUCUAAAAUCUAUUUAGCUUUUUUCUCAAAAUAAGUUUUUCGAUAGUACCGUUUACGCGAGCACAUCUUUCUUAAUAAAUGGUAAACAGGUUUUUGCUCUGGGAUUUUUAAAUAUAAAUGAUUAGCUUAUCGAUUCACUAUCGCAAUUGCCAUCAGAUGCUGUAAAACAUAAAUCAAGAUGAAUUGGUAACAUUAUAUUAGUAACAACAAUUCUAUCAUAUUCUUCACUUCUCAAUAAUUAUCAACAAGAACACCGAUUAAACUUAUUUAAUUUAUCAGUAGGAAAACAAUUGCGCUGAAAUAAAGCUAAAAGUUGACUAAACGACUGUUUUCCUAGCCUCUAAGUCUUCUUUCAUUUCAUUUAUUUGUAUCAGUAGACAUUU